AAACAAGUGUGCCUUAGUUGCAGACGGCUAAAACCACUGAAUUUGUCUUCUGAUGUAUAAGAAGCCUUGAAUCAGUUGCUUAUGUCCACCUGUAGUUUUAGACAGUUUUCCCCUCAUCAUCAUUAUAGAAAGUUGUGGCGUGUAAGCUUAUGACGUAUCUGUGAGUGCCUGCAAAUUGACUUAUAUAAUUGGACCAGUCUAACUUGCCAUGCAUGAGAGCACCUUGCAUCGCCGCUGAGGUGACAUAAGGGCACACCUACUUUAAUACUUUACUGCUACUAAAUAUAAUUUUUUCUGCCUUUUGGAAGAAGCCUUUGAAGCCGUAGAUUUAAACCCUCCCCAGUGGUUCAGAGUUCGUUGAAAGGCUCACCAAGAAUGCAUGCAAACUUGUGUGGCACAUGGGACAUGAUCAGCAAUGAGAACUUUGAGGGCUACAUGAUUGCAUUAGGUAAGAUACUUUCAAUGUCUUCUUGGUAUUGACCAUUCAUUUUUGCCUGAGCCUUUUUAAAUGGUAUUGUUUAGCCUGUACAGUAUUAUAUAUGGGUAAAUGUACUGGGACACUUGGCUAGUACACAUAUUGUGCAGAAAGUGAAACAAUAUGCACUCUCUGGGAAUACGUUGCAAGAUUUUAGUGUGUCUGUGUCUCUUUUCAAGUUUUUGCAAAAGUUUCUUGAUGGUGGUUCUCCAAGCAAACUCAUUAAAGCGUGCCCACAUUGGAUCAUGCUGGAAAGAAAGAACCUUUCAUAAAAUGUCACCAAGCAAUUUGAGUGAGAAAGUUGGAUCAUCAAUACAUUUCUGCAAGAAAAGGGUGUCCGACACUCAUCAGAUGUCACUGUCAAGCUCUGCUCAUGAACAAUGACGCUUUAGCAAAUAUAAAAAAAUCCCCUACCAGUGUGUAAUCUUAAGGGACAAAAUGAACAUUGAAUGGUCACUGACACCAAAUUGAUUAAUGUAAUGUGUUGAAAGGAAUUUUUAUUAACAGUUCCAAAUUUGCACAAGACUUCUGCAUGAAAAAAAAAAGGUUUACUUGAACAUCUGAAAUGUAUUCAAAAUGAACUUUAAAUGUUGGCAAGUGAGUGCUGACAUCAUUAAACAUGGUUUCGAAUGUUAUUCAUUCUGAACACAGCCACAUACUGAUGAGACAAGCUCAUGCAUACUUGUGCAGCCACACAAUCUUGGUUGUUAUUUUUACCUUGCUUCUUGAUUUUCUUUCACGUUUUGGUCAUAUUUAUGGUGGAAAAAGUUUUUAAAUUAUUUAGCUUGGUAAAAAAAGGAUUUGAACUAGGCUAUUUAGUAGAAUUUGUUAUAUCCGCUGUAAUGAGGGUGAUAGCUCCUCUUGAUAGUUAUCAAUGAUAAACGGCUGUUGAACAAUAGAAAUAAACAAUUCUGCAUUGUAUAAUCUAACGUCACAAAUACAUUUGGCAUAGUAGGAGUAAGCCCCAAGAUGUGUUUGCCUUUAUCUGUUCACACGUGGCCACUUUCCCCAGAUAUCCACCCGUGUAUUAGAAAAAUUGCUCUGAAGCUGAAGCUGAAGAAGUUGAUUGAACAACAGGGCGACCGGUACGUCAUCAAAACAUGUAGCACUUUCAGGAACUACACCGUGUCCUUUCGAGUGGGACAGGUGUUUGAGGAGUUCUCCGGCGGCUUAGACAACCGGCACAUGAAGUCGCUGGUGAGGUGGGAGGGGAACAAGCUGGUGUGCGAACAGACUGGUGAGAAGAACAAUAGAGGGUGGUGUCACUGGAUUGAAGAGGACAAGCUUCACUUGGAUCUGUAUUGUGAAGGGGAAAUCUGCAAGCAGGUUUUCAAGAAGGUCAAUGACUGAAGAGGAGGAUGAAUGUCAAAAAUGGACAUUACACAAAAGAAAUGAGCUCUCCUGUGAGCUGUGAGGGAAUAACUAAAAUACCACGAGAGAGCAGUAUAUCAACAUGAAUACUGUACGUACUGUAAGUACGGCGGAUGACUGUUCACCACUGCAUUGAUCGAGGCUCAAAUCCAAGGUUGGGCAAAGUUUGGCCAAUGAGCCAAAAACAUCUUGCUAAAUGCUUUAACCUGGUCUAUUGGUAAUUGGGAUGUCGAAAUGGUUUUUGUCACGUGCCACAUAGUUACGGUUUCCUUCGUAGAUGGCCGUUAUGAUGCUGAACUCAAAUAAAAUAAAUAUGUGAUCGCUUCAUA